AUGGGUGGUCAAACAUUGGAGCAAGGAGAUUAUUCGAGGUUUAAAGGAACUGGCAUUCCACAUUGCUGUAAAAAAGAUCCAAUAGUUGUCGACUUAUUGCCCGGAACUCCUUACAAUCAACAGAUUGCAAAUUGUUGCAAAGGUGGGGUUAUAAAUUCAUGGAUGCAAGAUCCUACCAAUGCUGCAAGCCCUUUCCAACUUCGUGUUGGUUCUGCUGGAACCACCAACAAAACCCUUGUGCCUAAGAACAUUUGGACUGGGUUAUACUUGUGGACCUGCAAAAGUGGGGAAUUCGACCAGGUUUCUCUCGUAAGACGGAGGAGAGUGACACAAGCAAUGAGUAAGUUAUGUGACAUGGAACCUUACGUGCACAUAUUCACAGUUUCUGGCCCAAAAAUCUCCAACUUGCUGUGGUCUAUGUCGUCCUUCUACAAUGACACGAUCAAUGCCCAACUUGUACUUGUGGAUGUCAGAAUAACAUCACUCAGCCAGGAAGUUGUGUGGAGUAAGUUCAUAUUUGAUGCAAAUAGUCCCGACACGCCGCAUCUAGCUUCCGUUGUUUCAUCGGACAAUGAGGAGACUAAUUACUCACCUCUGGUCCAGUGCUCCAGUCACAUGUGCCCCAUUUGGGUCCAUCAGCACGUGAAGUUAAACUACGAGGACUAUUGGCGGGUUAAGGUUACAAUAACAAACUACAAUUACCGGAUGAAUUACAACCAGUGGAACUUGGUUGUCCGGCACCCCAACAUCUGA